UCAUCAUUGAUAUCGUGUUGUUUUCAUUCGGUUGCCAAAUUGACAUUCACUUUUUCAUUUGAUUUGCCACACACUAGUUUUGUCGUCGUCAACGAGAUCGGUUGGAACAAAUUUUUUGGUUCAUUUUCGUUGUUGUUAAGUGCAACUGUGUUGAAUUAAAACUACCUCGUUUCAUUUUUGGGACAUCAUCUGAAUAAGAAAAAAGAAUUCUAGAAUCAUGUCAAAGUUAUUGUUCGUUUGUGCAUUCUCUGCAAUCGUUUCAUUGUCAUUGGGUUUGUCAUGUACGAGCCCGACCGUUGAAUCGGAUGUAUCAUUCACCACACAAGACGCAACAAUUGUUAGUCAAAUUGCAUUCAUUACCGAAUUCACAUUGAAAUGCAGUAACAAAGCAUCCGAAACAUCACCAUUGUUUGCCGAAAUCGAUGGUAAACUUCAACCAGUUUCACGCAUCGGAACAGACAGAUUCCAAGUCAGCUGGACAGAAGAAACAAAGCGAGCCCAUCGUGGUGAAUACAUUGUCCGUUUAUUCGAUGAAGAAGGUUUCGCUGCCGUUCGUAAAGCACAACGUUCGGGUGCCGAUGUUGAUUCAAUUGCACCAUUGGCCGAAGUACCUGUGAAACAUGCAGGUGCCUUCAAUGGACCAUUCGUGAACUCAGAAAUUUUGGCUGCUGGACUCUCAAUCCUCGUUGCCUACUUUGCAUUCUCAACAAAAAACAAACUUUUGUCAUAAGUCAUCGCAUCGAUGGAUUAUCAAAUCAUUGUUCACACUUCUUUUUUUUUAACGAAAAAACAACUCAUUUCAAUUCAUUUGAUGUAGAAGAGCAAAGAAAUAAGAAAAAAAAAUAUCAAAAUGAAUCCGAUGUUACGAAGUUAGUUUGUCACAGUGCAAAAAUUGAAUUGUAAAAACAAAUCAACAACAAAAAAACAAGCUGAACGAGAAUAAAGUGAUUAAUUUAUAAUUA